AUGCAAUCUAUCAGCAAAAUUAAUGCUCGCAAUGUGAUUUCAUCCAUCUUGCCUAUUCGUCGAUGUUUAGCUAGUGAUACGAGCACACCAUGGCGAACAGCUUAUGGUGGCAAAUAUAGAGUGACAUUAAUACAUGGGGAUGGAGUAGGACCCGAACUUAUGCAACAUAUUAAAGCUGCAAUUCGAUGUGUUCGAGCACCAAUCGAUUUCGAAGAGAUACCACUAUCAAGUAAUGUUGCUAGUGAUGAAAUGUUCGAACGUGCAGUAACAGCAGUUAAGCGUAAUGGAAUCGCUCUUAAAGGAAAUAUUGCAUCACAAAAUACAACUCAAUCAUUAAAUGUUCUUCUCCGCAAUCGUCUUGAUCUAUAUGCUAAUGUAGUACGAUGUAAAUCAAAUCCUCUUAUUCCAACACGGCAUUCGGACAUUGACAUUAUUGUUAUUCGUCAAAAUACCGAAGGAGAAUAUAGUUCACUUGAACAUGAAUGUGUUCCUGGUGUUUUCGAAAGUCUUAAAAUCAUAACACGAACCAAAUCACUUAAAAUCGCUCGUUUUGCUUUUGAAAUGGCGAAAACAAAGCAACGAAAAAAAGUGACUGCUGUUCACAAAGCAAAUAUCAUGAAAUUAUCUGAUGGUUUAUUUAUCGAAUGUUGUCGUGAAGUUGCAAGUGAAUAUCCUAACAUCAAAUUUGAGACAAUGAUUGUUGAUAACACGUGUAUGCAGUUAGUUAAUCGGCCGGCUCAAUUCGAUGUUAUGGUUAUGCCUAACUUGUACGGAAAUAUAAUAGCAAACGUGUGCUCAGGCCUUGUUGGUGGGUCUGGUCUUGUUGCGGGAUCGAAUUAUGGAGAUAAAUAUGCUGUUUUUGAACAAGGCACACGAAAUACAGGUGCUGGUAUAGCUGGAAAAAAUAUUGCCAAUCCUUGCGGAUUUCUUUUUGCUGCUGCGAAUAUGCUUAAAUAUUUAGGGUUAGAUGAACAUUGCUCUACGAUUAAAAAGGCCGUAUUGAAUACAAUACACGAUCAUAAAUUGAAAACUCAAGAUAUUGGUGGUACAGCAACAACCAGUGAAUUUAUUCAAUGUGUUUUAACUGAAAUUACUCAAAUGACACCGCAAACUGGUUUUGAUUAUGAAAUGCAACACGCAAAAUCCUAUAACUAA